ACUGAUGUGCUACCAGGAGAGUCCCAGAUGGACCUCUGGGUAACCUGGGCCCAUGUGUAUGUAAGUACUUACUCAAUUUUGAUGAGUGAGUCUGGAGGUGACAAUCACUGUUAUCCUUGGGUUUCUUACCUACAGGGAACCCUCACGUUGUGGUAGAAAUUUCAAACUAGAAAAGAAGGAAAGGGUUUCUGCUUCUACCCCUACCCCAUGUGGGAAGAGAACUCUGGAUCCCUUUUGACAGGACCGCCUCUUUCUGGACAUUAGGAUGGUGUGCCAGACAUAGACAUGUAUUGCUCAGAUUCCCUCUUCACGAAAGGGCCCAUCGUGCAGCCUUGAGGAGUGUGGCUGGCUCACAGCCACCACUGUUAACUGGUUCAGAUCGGCCUCAACUCCUGAGCUGAGGUAGUGGUCUUCUUGGGGUCGCCCCAUCCAAUGACUGUGCAAGACUGUGGUACAAGGUCCCAUCCAUUUCUGCCUAACACAGGACUCUUCUCACACGCUCAGAGAUCCCUGCUGGGCUGACAGAGACUGUCAGAUCUAUGUCAUGGUCUGGCAACUCCCCUUCCCUAAUCCCAUUUCCUCCUUUUUCCUUUCACAAGUGUUACUCCCAGUAAGCCUUUUAUACUCCUAAAUCUGUCUCAGGAUCUGUUUUCCAAAGGACCCAGAUGACACAGAUGGGAUGCUGUUAGCUCCAAGCAACCUUUCAUCAGUGAAGAGAAUGGAUAUUUUAGAACUGGAUUUGAGCCAAUACCAGCAGAAUAUAAGCACCCCGGGUGCCAGGGACCAAGGAGUACUUCCACUGUGGCGCAUGAAUCAAAUAAGCUCUAUUUCUUGGUAUUCUUCUUGGCACUGACUGUGUCUUGCUAUUAUAUAAGAUGGCUUGACUGUUCCUACUGGCUUUCUCAAUGAGUGAUUUGUUCAAUUAAUUAAGAGAGUGACUAAAGACAAGGUCACUAAGUCCAUUUCCAGUCAGCUGUUAGUUUCAAUCAAGGUACCUGUUAUAAAUGGAUUGUCAUCUGGUCAUAUAUGGACUCCAUAAGCCCUUGACCCAUGCUGAGUCAUGACUUAGGCUAGUUGUUUCUCAGCCUCCUGGCAGACUGUCACCCUUCCCGUGGGUCACUUAUAAAAUGCUCUGUGCAGUAUUUUGGUUUGGGGCAAGGAAGUCUUAAUGUGGUUGGUGACCAGCUACUUAACUUGCGGCCACACAUGGGAGGGCAUAGUUUUUGCUUUUUUGGUAUGGAAGCAUCUCCUAAUUCCUUAUUAGAAGAGCAAUACUCCUCAAAUUAUCCAUUCAUUCAUCAAAUAUUUUUGGACCAAGAGAGUUGCUACUUGCCCCUCCCUUGAUCAGGCUCACAGCUACAUCCCUAGCGUCACAUUUUAGGGAAAUCUACAUGCAGCUUCUUCAGUAAUAACUACCAGCCAGACACACCUGAGGGUCUAAAGCAGUACUUAUUCCUCUUCCAUCUGUCCUUCAUGCCAAAGACAUCAAGCCUCAACCUGUGUCAUGGAGUCAAUAAUUAUAGGGGCUCUGGGAUCAGAUAGUCUUGGGUUCAGAUAUGGGUUCUCCCACUUCCUGGAGGAAAGGUGGUGCCUUGUGGGCAAAAAACUGGACCCAGAACAGAUAUAAAAACAGAGGCCCUGGGGAGAGGAACCGCCGUCAGGGAAAGACUCACUCCCAGUGACUACAGAGAAGACAGAGCUGUCCCCUGCCGAGAUGAAGCUGCUGUUGCUGUGUCCGGGGCUGACUGUAGGCUGUGCCCACAAGGAAGGAAACCCUGGUGUUGUGAGAAGCAACUUCGAUAUUUCAAAGAUUUCAGGGGAGUGAGAUUCCAUUCUCUUGGCCUCAGACCCAAGAAAAGAUAGAAGAAAAAUAGAAGAAAAUGGUAGCAUGAGAGUUUUUGUGGAGCACGUCCAUGCCUUGGAAAAAUUUUCUUUGUUCUUUAAAUUUCAUACAAAGGUAAGUGGAGCAUGUCCUGAAAUGUCUUUGCUUUCUGACAAAGCAGGAGAGGAUGGUGUACAUAGUGUUACCUAUGAUGAAGACAAUAAAUUUCGCAUACUUCAAACAAACUAUACUGAAUAUAUUAUUUUUUAUCUCAUGAAUGUCAACAACAAUGAAUCAUUCCAACUGCUGGAGCUCUACGAUCACUGUCUCCAGGCCCGAGGGAGUGGAGUGGCCCAGGCCUCCAGCUUACUUAGCACUGGGUGAGUGCCACCUCACUUGGGCUCCAGGAUCUUCUCUUCCAUGGUCCCCACAUCAUCUUGCGACAAGUUCUGUGACCCGAUUUCCAUCACUAUCGCACAUGAAGGCAUCAGCUCUGCAUCUUCAGGAUCUCCCCUAAUUAUCUAGGAAGACUCAUCAGCUCACCACAAAGCAAAGUUUCCUGCAAAUUUCUAACUCUCUUUGCCAUAUUCAGCACAACAGUACCGUGAAUAAGACCUUCCUCUACCUGGUCAAUAAAUGAUUCACCUUCCAGUCA